AUGACAGAUGCGGAGGGCGAUGAUAUCGCCGACCUCAAGACUGCGCCAAUCUUCGACGACCGGCUCUACUUCACAGAAGCGCUUCGACUUCAAAAUGGCGAAACCGAGGACCACGUCAACUCACUACUCACCGCCGCUGCGAAGGAAAGCGGCAUCGAGGACCCGGAUCUUGAAAACGGGCUUUCGAAUGUCGACCUGCCGCACGCUCUGUUCACGGAUGUGUUCGUAAGCGAACCAUCCACCUUACCAGCCACGCCAACCCACGAACCGAACGACGAAGACGAAGCUCGACUCAGGUCCGCCCUCGAAAGUGAGACCUUCCAGAACUUGAGAGUGGAACAAAAAGAACAAUUUCGGCGGGUCUCGGCAUUUGAGUCAAAUCAGCGCAAAGCUCUAUCAGCCAAUCACCGACACAUCUUGGAGCGCCUCGAGGCUGAGCUAGAAGCAUCGAAGAUCGAAAAAGCAAAACAGCACGUUCAACAGCUUGAACGACUCGACGAGUUCCAGUUAACGAUGGAACACGAUCUUCGCAAUGCACACGCUGUUGAGACGCAAAAUGUCGCGACAGCUCUAAAGUACAUAGAAGCUUACUGCUCAGGACCAAACCCUGCGCAUGAGGGGAUUGCAUAUACGGUGACAGAAGAAGAUCGAGGGAAACUCGAGCGCCAACGUACCACUCAGGAGAAGCUGCCCGCCAAACAUGAAAGUGCUAUCAACGUACUGAGAGCCAAGCAAGAGAGGGACAUCAAACUAAGACUCCAAAAACAGCAGUCAGAAAUGGAACAGUUGGAGGCAGACUAUGAGAAAAAUAAGAGUGCGCAAGAGUUACAGUACAGCAAGGACUCUAGCCAGCUAGACAUGACCAUUCGGACGAGAAGGCAUAAGUUGGCUCGCCAAUGGGAUCUGAAAUUCGAGAUAUGGAGGAGGGAAUGGGAGAAAGAGAACGAAUGCAAGCUAUACGGCACGCUGCCGCACGAACUCUGGCCGGAAUCGACAGACACGGAUGUCUCUAUCGAUCUUUCCAGCUCUUUGGCAGUAUACAUCCAGGCCACUGCUUAA